AUGCUGCUCCUCUUCCUGCUGCUCCUCCUCAGGCUUCUCCUCCUGCUGCGAGGAGCAGCCGGAAAAGGAGUAGCCGGACGAGGAGCAGCCGGAGGAGAAGCAGCAGGAGGAAGAGCAGCAGGAGCAAGUUUUAGUUUUCUGGUGCUCCUGCAGCCUGAGGAGAAGGAGCAGCCUGAGGAGAAGGAGCAGCCUGAGGAGGAGCAGCAGGAGGAGGAAGAGGAGGAGCAGGAGCAAGUUUUAGUUUCCUGCUGCUCCUGCAGCCGGAGGAGGAGCAGCCGGAGGAGGAGCAGCCGGAGGAAGAGCAGCAGGAGAAGGAGCAGUCUGAGGAGGAUCAGCAGGAGGAAGGAGCAGCAAGAGCAGGAGCAGGAAGAGGAGGAGCAGAAGGCGAUAGCUGUAGCAUGA